AUGCAAGAGAUAGAGGAAAAUCCACCACCACCUUUUCCUCAAAGGUUGCAAAAGUCAAAAGAUGAGUCCAAGUACAAAAAAUUCUUAGAUAUCUUGAGCCAGGUGCAUGUGAAUCUACCUUUGAUAGAAGUACUGCAAGAAGUACCUAAAUAUGCCAAGUACGUGAGAGACAUUGUGGCCAACAAAAGAAGGUUGACAGAGUCUGAAACGAUUGCACUUACUGAGGAGUGCAUUGCUAGAGAACAGAGCAAGCUCCCGCCUAAGUUGAAGGAUCCAGGUUGUUUUAUAAUUUCCUUGGCGAUUGGAAAACACGAGGUUGGUAGAGCCUUUUACGAUCUGGGAAUACGCAUUAGUUUGAUGCCACUAUCAAUGUUCAAACAUCUCGAUCUUGGAGCCCCCAAGCCUACUACUAUAACUCUACAACUAACGGAUCAAUCAUUAGCGGUGCCUGAAUGA